AUCAGUGGCAAUCAUUAAAAAGUCAUAUUAUUUCUUAGAUAUAUAAGAUCUGAUCACGUACUAUAAAGUUAUACGUAGAUAGGAAAGUGCCCAUCCUCAAUUACACAGGAAGUGCGAGUCAGAGUAAAUGCGCACAUUAGGAAUUGCUUCUAACAAGGGAAAUAGGACGGAGGCAAUGUCACAAGCUUAAGGCAGAUAUCAUGAAGAAGCUUAGAGAAGUUGUGUUACUGAUAUUUGCCAUCCUAGAUGUUGAUGUAACAAAGGGUGAAGUUGGUGCUGUGUGUAACAAAUCGACAGACUGUGGAGUGGGUGUAGACUGCAUACAAGGGACAUGUAAUUGUUCUGAGAUCUGGUAUGCGGGGAAUUCUCUUACACCAGUAUGUAGGUCUUGGUUGUAUGAGAGGUUGUGUACAAAAGAUAACGAGUGUGGGGAAGAUGCCAAAUGCACAUAUGUGAAAUGUGAAUGUAAUGCCGGAUUUUACAGAAUAAAUGCUUCAUGCCGUAGAGUAAGACUACAGAGAUUGAUGGAACCCUGCAAAAUAAAUUUACGUGGUGUAGGUACAGCACUGUGUGAUAUUAAGAAGCAUAGUUUAUGCAUUGAAAAUACAUGUGUUUGUGCUAGGGGCUACAUAGCAAAUGAACAUGGACAGUGUGAGUUAAAGGACUCAUAUUUGCUCCGCAUGGAAAUGAGUGAAUAUCGUGUUAGACCAGGUGAAUACUGCAGAGAGAACACAGACUGCAUUGAAGGACUAGAAUGCAAGGGUUUUGAGUGCAAAUGUCCAAGUGGUUGUUUCUAUAUUGCAAGCAAAAUGGCUUGCGACUGUGGAGAAGUUGACUCUCAAGUUGCACCAAUUGUCACUGGAAUUCUUCUAGGCAUGAUAAAUAUUUUCUUCUGGCUCUGGGCAAUAAAGAGAACCAUUGUGAAGCACAAGGAAAAAAUUAAACGUCUUUCAUAUAGCACAGCAAUUAAUAAUGAUGAUGUGUCUUCGUCACAUCCUCUUUCACCAGUCCAGUCCUCUGUCCAAACGGCUGGAGGCACUGGAUCCCUUUCCAGUACAAGAGUUGGCACACCUGUCCAAGACAGUGGCACUUCCAGACCCUACUCCAUAAAUCCCCUGACAGCUGUAAAUCCAGCCUCAGAUGAUCCCCCAUCAUAUGAAGAAGUAAUUUCUUCACCCCUGUAUAAUCCGAAGUCAUCAAAUCCCCCUCCUUACAUUCCUUUGUCAAGUGGCACUCGGCUGUCUUCAAGUUCUAUACAUUCUCCUUCAAGAAGGCCUUUUUCUUAUAAUCCUUCAUCGACACAAUAUCGCCAUAGACCUACAGCACCACCAUAUCUAAUUAGUCCUCACUUAGCACUACGGCCUGGAAGUCUUGAGGCAAUACCACACCAUGUAAAUUCCUCAACACCAGUUCUUAGUUUGUCGUCUCCAUUGCAUUCAUCUGUUCCAGAAUUACAGCGGACACGCAAUCCAAACUUCCAUGAGAGCAGUGUUUCAGGUUCAGCUGACACUGGUGGUGCAUCAAGAUUGUAAACAUGGUACUGUGGAAAAAUUAGAUAUAACAACAUAAAAGUAGGGAAAUACAUUUGAACCUUUUAUGAAAUAUUGUUGGCUGAAUACCAUUUGUUGUAGUUGCAGUAUAGGGAAGAAACAGCUUGGCAGAACCCAUUUACCAAGUGGUAUCUUGCUGGAAACAGUUAAGUAGUGUGGGCUGGAGGCAGAAACCUAGGAUAAUGGAUGCUGGAGAGGAUUAUAGUCUUCUGGAGAUGAAUUUAAAGGCUAAUACCUCACACUUCCACAUCUAAGAGGUGAAAUUCCUUUGUCAGAGAAAAAGGAUCAUCACAUGUAUAGAUGACAUUUGUUCCCAAACAGUAAUCCACUAAUCCUUAGACCAUUUGUGGUAUUGCAAAGUAACAAAAUGACAGUUACCAACAGAGGCAUGAUCAAAAGUGUGCCUUAUACUGUAUGAACAGUGUUUAUUGUAACAUGUAAAAUAGGUAUGAAUGAGAAUGAAUAUCUUCACAUUGUAAGUGGGGUGUUUGACCAAUUUUGAUUUUAUCUUUGUCAGAAACACAUGUAGCUUUGACAACUAGAAGGGUCUGUCAAAUGGAGCUAACUAUACUCUUCUCCUACUGAAAUGUUGGUAUCCAUUUAUUUUGCUUGUGCAGUGCGAGGCUUUUCUCAGAUGCUUGUACACUUCAGUUCUUGGACACACUGUGCCUGGUUGCAUGGGCUCAGGGUUAAUCUGCAACUUAGUACUGGCUUGGUCAGAAGUAAAACUUAUUAUAAGAUGAUGAAAACUCAUUUGUGCUGUAUUAAUUUUCUGCAGGAAUAAUGAUACACUUAUCUUACAAUUAACAUAUUUUUUUCAGCGAAACAGUUAUCGUGCUUUUUGUAUAUAAAGAAUUUUAGAAUAAAAUAAAUGUUAAUUGAAUUC